AUGCGAGCAGAGGAAGAGAUAUUAUGCAUGGACGACGGGUCACCCUCCAAGUGGACUCUUUCAGUGGAUGGAUCAAGUAACGUGAAUGGAAGUGGACUCGGUUUAGUACUGACUACACCGGAGGGAGACGUCAUUCAGCGGGCAAUACGGUGCGAGUUCAAGUGCACAAACAACGAAGCCAAAUAUAAGGCUCUUAUCGUUGGACUCUCCCUAGCCAAAGAGAUCGGGGCGAAGAGACUGGAAGUGAAGUCCGACUCCCAGCUUGUGGUCAACCAGCUGCAAGGUACUUACCAGGCGCGCGACUCAAAGAUGAUGGCAUACUUGAACCUGGUAAAAGAACUGAAGUCCCAAUUCGAAGAGUUCUCCAUCACCCAGAUCCCAAGAGUGGAGAACUCUCAUGCUGAUGCCCUUGCCAACCUCGGCUCAGCACUCCAAUGUUCUUCCCAGUCAUCCAUCCCACUCUUGUUCCUGCAAUGGCCACCAACUAGAAGAAGCAACCACCAAACAAGUCGAUGGAAGAAACAAUGGAUAUUGAGCUAG